GAAACAAAACCCAAUCUUAAAAAUUAUACUUUAAUUCAUACCCAAAAGAAUCACUUACAUCAUGAUAUCCAAGAUUUGAGCUUUCAACCAUUAACAAUUCUCUUGCAAAAAUCAAAGGAACUCCAUGAAGUGUGUUUUUGUUGUUCAUGUGUUCAUGUGAAGAAGUGAAAAGUGAGAAAGAAAAAGACAUGGCAGUGUCAGCACCAACCUCAAAGUUCGACAUUGUAAUCCUCGGAGCCUCUGGUUUCACCGGCAAGCAUGUUCUUAGAGAAGCCCUAAAAUUCCUCACCAAUUUCAACUCCAUCGCCAUAGCGGGCCGCGACACCUCCAAAUUGGCCCAAACUCUCAACUGGGCUGCCAGGCCCAAUCCGCCACCUUCCAUCCCCAUCCUUGCCGCCGACACCGCCGACGCCGCCUCCCUCCGGGCGCUAUGCGACCGCGCGCGCAUCCUCCUCAACUGCGUCGGCCCCUUCCGCCGCCACGGGGCGCCCGUUGUCGCCGCGUGUGUAGCCGCCGGCUGCGACUACCUCGACAUCACCGGCGAGACCGAGUUCAUGGAGCGCAUGGAGCGUGAACACCAUGUGCAGGCUGUAAAGAACGGAGCUUUGGUGGUUUCGGCUUGUGGGUUUGACUCGGUGCCGGCGGAGAUGGGGUUUUUGUUCCACUCGAGGCAGUGGGUGGGCCCGGCCCGGCCCAACAGGGUGGAGGCGUAUCUUGGCUUGGAGUCGGAGAGGAGGAUUGUGGGGAAUUUUGGAACGUUUGAGUCUGCGGUUAUGGCUGUCAAGGAUUUGAAGGAGAUUGAACAGCGUAGAGUCAUCAGAGUAAAACCUAAGAUUCCUGGGCCCCCACCCAAGGGAGAAAUAAUAGAACACCAGAAGAAAAUAGGCAUGUGGGGUGUAACACUACCAUCAGCAGAUGCAACUCUUGUUGGAAGAACUCUUUCAACUCUAACAGAAUCCCCUGAUGGACUACCUGGGAUGAAUGAAAGUGAAGAGAUGGUUGAGAAAAGGAAAGCCUUCUGGUCAUCUGUGAAGCCGGCUCAUUUUGGAGUGAAACUGGGCUCAAAAUCUUUGCUGCACAUGUUUGGAUUUAUUAUGAUCGGAAUGCUGAUUGGUGUUUUGGGAAGAUUCUCUUUUGGAAGAUGGCUUCUGUUGAAAUAUCCUUCCAUCUUCACCUUUGGAGGGUUCAGCAAGAAUGGACCUUCUGAAGAAGAGAUUGCGAGUGCUUCAUUUAAGAUGUGGUUUAUUGGAGAUGGUUUCAGCAAUGAGAGGCUUGCAGCAGAGGGAAAGAAGAAACCUGACAUGGAAAUUAUUACAAGAGUAAUGGGACCUGAAAUGGGAUAUGUGAGCACUCCUAUAAUUCUGAUUCAGUGUGCUCUUAUUCUUCACAGCCAAAGAGAGAAUCUACCAAAGGGAGGAGUUUACACUCCUGGGAUUGUAUUUGGUGCAACUGAUCUCCAGGAACGGCUUCAACAAAAUGGAAUAUCUUUUCAUGUCAUAUCAAAAAGUUCCCUUUCUACAUGACACUCUGCAGUUCAUCUUUCAUUGGUCUGAAUGCACAAGUUAUGAUAAAGAAA